CGUAGAGUUUUGGCGCUUUCAGAGGUGCUGAAUUUUCACUUCUGUUGUCUUCCUUUUUUUUGUAAUACUUUGUCAAGUUUUCGCCAACAAAGACCUGGUCAUUUAUGUAGAAUCUUCACAGAAAACGUCCUGCCAGUUAAAUAAACUUCAAUCUAAGCAAGUACAAUGAAGAGACAGGAAAACCAGGCGGCCAGGCCUACAUCAGGCUGCCUCUCUGUGCCGCUCUUUAACCAGAAGAAACGAAACAGGGUUCCUUUGACAGCUCUUCCCUCUGAGAAUGAAUUCUUUUCCCACAGCGAGUACACACCAAACACCAGCUCAGCCAUAUCUCACAAUCCAGCAGGUGCCUUUGGGUGUUACCAGGUCUCAGGUUCCCCUUCUGGUGUCUCUCAAAGCCAACAGUGGAACAGACAAAGCAACUCACAGUCUGCUCCAGCCCAGCAGUAUGGCAGCAACAGACCUGCCCCUGGACCUGCCCCUUCAACUAGAGCCUAUGGACCCAUACCUCAUCCAUACAAAGCUAAAGAGAAAAGCUCAGUGAUGGGACAAUCCAGCAACGCACUGGGACAGCAGGAUUCCAGCUCUGUCAUCAAUUUCAGACAGAGCACAUAUCAGGGCCCUCGCAGUAGCGAGAGUGGACAAAGCCAGCCAGUGCCCCAUACAGGGUUAUCUCAGAUGGGCCGGAAGUCAUCUUAUGGAACACCCAGUUUCACGCAUCAGUAUUCCCAGCAGUCUAGAGCUCUUCCUCCUCCAGUUCCACCACCCAGGAGGCAGUCUGCUAAUGCUCCGGAGCCACAGAAGAACGCCUGGAAAUUUACAAACAGCUUUGAGCCACUGAGAUCCCCUUUUGAGGUUAAAAUGAGCUCAAAUCCACAAAACACUCUGCGACCAACUCCAACUCAGGCAGCAUUUCCAGUGAAACCAGCCACCGAGCACUCACUGAGGAUCCUGACUGCAGUUAUUGAUGGCAUGAGGCACUGGAGUCAGUUUAAAGACAAAGUGCCUUAUUUAUUUGAGAUAUUCGCUACUCUAGACUCUGCGGUCACAGUUGGUCGCUACGGAGCAAAGAACUUCCUCCUGAGAGAUGGGAAGGAGGUUGUGCAGUGUGUCUUUUAUGAAAAUGAGCAGGUACUGCCCCGCCUGAUCCGAGGUCAGGUCCAUCGGUGUGUGGGUAACUAUGACCGCAGUAAAGAUGUCCUGAUGUGUGUGUCUGUGAGGCCGGCUCUGCCUUCAGAGCUGAGAAAUGCUCAGGAAGCUGUCAAAACCUGUGAUGCAGAAAUGCGGGCGCUGGUCAAAUCACUCAGUGAAGUCUGAGCAGAAAAGCAGCAGCUGCAGAGCAUACCAGUGUUCGGGUGUACGCAGGAGCCAAGCUCAGUGCUGUGUUCUCUAAUUGGUUUUAGCUGCAAGCCCAAGUAGUUUUAACACUUAAACUGUUGAAGUUUUUGACCUGUAGAGGGUGCUGUUUCCAUUCACUUGUAUUUUAUAACAGCUGAGCUCAUGCUUGUGUUCAUGUUGUUUUGCGUUUAUCCCUAAAUAAAAAAAUAAUAAUUUAA